AGAGCUCCUCCCCUGAUGACCCUGGAAGAUUUAAGAACUCAGAUAAAAGAACAACUAAGUGGUGGAGAUAUAUUGCCUCAUGAAUAUGUCUUUCUUCGUGCUGUUGGUCGAUGUCUAGCCAUAGUAAUAAUAUUCAAUACGUUUCCAUAUAAACAUAAUCUACACAUAAAAAGUGCCCACCGCCUUAAAUUUUCAUACUAACUUUAAAAGGGGAGCAUUUAUUAGGCAUUCAAUCCAUGGAGUAGCGAGAUUUAUUCUAAUUAUACUUUAAUGACAAUUUGUACUCUUUACCUUUCUUGUUCAAUGGCAUACAAUGCAUUCCAUCAAAUUAAUUAACAAUUAUUCGCCGAAGGCGAGGUGAUUAUCGGUGAAUAAAAACCGAGACGAAGUCGAGGUUUUUAUUCACGAUAAUUACCGAGCCUGAGGUGAAUAAUUGUUUUAGUAUAAUUUCAUAGGUGAUUAUUUGGAAAAAAAUAAGAAAAUACACAUUUCUUCGUCAUUUAAUUGACAAAAAGGCUUCGGCCGCCAUUUUGAAAAUCGCUUAGGUGAUUAUCGCGUAAUAAUCACCUCAACGGCAACCAAUCAGCGUGGAGAAUUUUCAAUAAUCACCUAUGUAAUUAUACCAUUGAACUAUAAAUAAACUGGAAGGCUAACUGCUAUGAUGGGGGCCUAUGAUUUGAUGAAGCCAAAAUAGUUUUUCUGAGUUAUGAGCAGAAAUACUUGACCCCAAACGUCGUGCUAUAUAUCAAAUUGAAGCUAUUGAAAAUUGCUAUUCGGUGUGGAAAUUUCAAGACUUCAGCGAAAAGAAAAAUAUUUAAAAAAUACAAAAACAACUGCAAAAUGGCAAAUUAUCGGUAAUUAUGUUUGUAGUUUUUCAAUAUUUCCCUUUUAGCUAAAGUCUUGAAAUUUCUACACCAAAUAGUGUUUUUCAAUAGCUUCAAUUUGAUAUAUAGCCCAAUGUUCAGUGUUGAGUAUUUCUGCUCAUAACUCAGAAAAACUAAAAUGCACUGGCUUCAAUUUCCCCCCCUGAGUUAGCCUUCCAGUUUAUUUAUAGUUCAAUGAAUUAUACUAAUUGUGAUUAGUGUAGUUUAAUUAAAAAGCAAUAUGUCAGCUUGAUGGACUUUUAGUUCACAUUGCAUAACUAUAACAUACGUACCAUCUUUAACUCAUUGACAUUGCAGUCCACAGUCCACUUAAAUCAAAUGCAUGUAAAGGCUAAAACUGUGAACCUGGGGCUGGAGAGGGGGUACAGGUAAACUCAAUUAUCAUUCACUUUAUAGUAUUCUCAAUUUUGAUUGGUUAAUUUACCUGCAAAUAACUGCGUGCAAAUAAUAGUCUGAUUAUUAGCAUUUGUUAAAAACGUUGCUCAGCUACAAAUAAUAGUCUGAGCAUGCGCAUUGCCUUCAAUUUUUGUAAAUAAUGGCGGCUCGCUUUGCUGAACUUUCGGAAAAUGAGUUGUCUCGCUUACUUGAAGAAAAAAACGCGGAAAAUAAAAAAGCGACUAAAAACGCCGUCAAUGUCUUUCGCCAGCAUUUAGAAGCAAGAUAAAUCAACGAAGACGAUCUAGUUGGCUCAAAAGAAACUCUUGCCAAUGUCCUUCGCAAGUUUUUAUGCAGAAGCAAGAAAGAGAGAGGGCGAACUUAUAUAGUAAACGAAAGAUAAAAUGCUUUAUAAGUGAAUGAUAAAACAAUUAUUGAACUCGGUUCUCGCAAAAUAUCGUGAUUUGUCGGUGGCUCGCAGAUCAAUUAUUUGCCUCUGCCUUCGGCAUCGGCAAAUAAUUGAUCUGCUCGCCACCGACAAAUCACGAUAUUUUGCUCAACCUCUUCCAAUAAUUGAUAAUUAUUUGCACAGACACUAGCCGGCGUAGCAGUCACUUUUUUUGUUUUUGAGGAUUCCCUUUUUUCCCUCGCCGUUUUUUUUCUCCUCACGUUUUUUGCAUUUAUUUCUUAAAAUGUCUUCAAAACCUUCAAAAGAUAAAGCGACUGCUACGCAGGCUACACAAAAACAGACCAAGCAAAAAAUCCUGGAAAAAAAAUCCAGAUAAUAUUUUAUCUAAUAAAUAUUAAAGACUCACUACUUCCUCCACAGCUGAAAACCCUGUCGACAUCGUCAGCCUGUUAAACCGUUACUUCUACUCGGUGUUUAAACAUUCCGAUACUACUGACGACCAUUUUUUCUGUUGCUCCUGAUAACGACACGAUUGAUCUUACCAUCAUCUCAGACAUCUCGUUAACAGAAGAGGAAGUAUGUGUUGUACUCAAAGCACUGGAUGAAGUCAAAGCUACUGGUCCCGACAAAAUUCCAGCGUUAUUGCUGGAGAACUAUGCCAACUGUUCAACAAGAGCUUAUCUUGUGGAAUCCUGCCGUUCGAUUUAGGACUGUUUGGUAUACCGAUAUACCGAAAAUAUCGAUAUUAAAUCAAUAUCGGUAUAUCGAUACCGGAUAUUCAACCAUACCGAUAUACCGAAAUUUCGGAUAUACCGGAAUUUUUCGGUAUACCGUGUUAAAUUUAUUUAUUAUAACUUUACCACAUAAAAGAGUGGCAGGGUCACCACAACAGUCAUAAAAAACAAUUACUGUGGGCCCUAUUUUACAAAUACUAUAUAAAUAUGUACAACUACAUUAACAUAACUUAAUUUACGAGACUAUCAGGAACAACAAGAGAGAGGAGUAGCAAGACUACGAGCAAAGUUACAUUUCAAACAGAUUGAUUUCCAAGUCCGAGGGUUUUCAGAUUCAUAGUUUAUAUUGAUAGCAGUAGUUUAAUAUCUGUAAAGUAAAUAUGGACAAGGAAAGAGACUGUUGUUUAAGUUCAUUAGGAAGAAUGUUCCAUAUUCUUGUUGUUCUGUUGAUGAAGGAGGUCUGGUAGGUUACAGUCUUGCAUUUCUUAGUACGGAACAAGAUAAGGUCUGGAUUGCUUGUUGCUCUCGUUUUCCUUUCAUUGCCAAGAUUUCUUGCUGGUAGUAUAUCUUUGUUUGCAUAGACCAAACCAUUAAUCAUUUUAAAAAAAUGUACCAAAUCUAAAUAUUCGUGCCAGAAACUAAUUGGUAGUAAGUUGGAGGCUAUUAAACGUUCUUUGUAGGGUACUUCGCUGUAGAAUGGUAGGUUAAGGAUAAACUUCGUCGCACGACGCUGCACUCUUUCAACUCGCUUUAUCAACUCCAUUGUUUGAGGGGCAGAUCUGGAUAGCGUAGCCAAGGUGAGGUCGUACAACUGUGAGAUAUAAGCAUCUUCUUGUUACUGGGUUUCUUGUCUCCCGGGAUGAUCUUCUUGAGAAUCCCAACAGUUUGUUCCCUUUCGAACACUGCUCAAUAACUUGCCUGUUCCAGGUCAAAUCACUUGACACCCAGACACCAAGAUCUUUUUCAUGACUCACAAUACUAAGUGUUUGACCUUUAAUCGCGUGCGGAUGUUCAAAGGGUGUUAUCUUACGUGUAAUACGCUGGCACUUGCAUUUUGCUUGGUUGAAUUUCAAACCAUUCUCUCUGGCCCAAGUGUUGAUGUUGUCAAUAUCGCUUUGAAGACCAGCGGUAUGUUCACAGUUGUUAACCCGCUUUAGAACCUUGGUGUCAUCAGCGAAACAAGCCACCUUUGAUGUUUUUACCAUCCGGGGCAGAUCGUUCACAUACAGAAGAAAAAGAACUGGGCCAAGGAUAGAUCCUUGGGGAACUCCAGAUGUUACCUCUCGUUCUUCACGCUUAACGCUUUGUUUUCGCCCAUGAAGGUAUGAUGUGAACCAAUUUAGCAAACUAUCACAGAUGUUAUAUUGCCGCAGUCUAGCAAGGAUGAGGGAGUGUUGAACUUUGUCAAAUGCUUUCGACAUGUCUAAGUAUAUAACGUCAGUUUGUUUGCCGGAGUCUAGUAAAGCGCCAAUGUAAUCGAUAACUUCAACCAACUGGGUAACACAGGAUUUACCAACUAUAUGGCGAAACCCUAACCUUUAUUUUACUACUGAAUGGCAAUUCAAAGAACUUUCUACUGCAAUGAUUUAGAAUUUCCACUUCAGUGAGAUUUUACACUGAGUACGUGCAUGUCGUUCGAAACAGCUUCAAAAUGAUCGUUUUCCCUUUUAGAAUUACUCAAAAUUUCCUUCAAACUUCCAUUAAAGAAUUUUCCUUUAUAAUUAUCAAAGGAAAAUCGGUAUACCGAUAAUAUCGGUAUAAUUUUUUCGGUAUACCGAUCGAUACCGGAAAUUUCUCAUACCGAACAUUCCUAGUCCGAUUUGAAGCUGGCCAACAUCAGUCCAAUUCCAAAAGGAAGCCCUAUUCAUAAUGUAUCCAACUACAGACCAAUAUCACUGUUGUCAUUAGUCUCGAAAGUGUUUGAACGUUGUAUAUAUAAUAGACUUAUAAAACACGUCUACGGUCAAAUUUACGAACUGCAGUACGGUUUUCUCAGAGGCAGAUCUACAACAUCUCAGCUGCUACACAUUCUCCAUCAAGUUCUUAACGUACUUGAGCAAAAAAACUAAGUUGACAUUGUCUACCUUGACUUUGCCAAAGCUUUUGAUAAAGUAAAUCACGAUCUAUUACUGGUGAAGCUUCGCAACUUUGGUAUUAGAGGAAAUCUUCUUCGUUGGUUCAGAGACUUCCUUUCUGAGUUUCUGGCGAUUCCAAAGAUCUAUAGAGUCACUUCGCGCUUGGUGUUCUAUCAGGUGUUCCCCAGGGAUCAAUCCUUGGACCACUUCUAUUCAUAAUUUACAUCAAUAAUCUCCCGAAAUAUGUCUCACACGAUACUACCUUAGCAAUGUUUGCCGACGAUACCAAAUGCCACCGUCCUAUUAAAAAUUCCUUCAAUCUGACUUGGAGUUAAAGCAAGCUAAGUGUGGAGUGCUGCAUCUUACAAGAUCUUGUGAACCAACCAUCACACAACCGACCUAACAGUCAGAAGGACCUUGGCAUGUCUAUAACUGUUGACUCCUCAAAUGGAACAAGCAAGUGCAGGAGAUUUCGUCAAAGGCCAACAAGAUGCUGGUUUCGUGAAGCGAACAGCAUAUACGAUUGGUAACCCAUCGGUCCGCAAGGCACUCUACCUGACUUUGGUUCGCAGUCAACUGGCUUACAAUUGUCAAGUGUGAGCACCCCAGACGGUCAGCAACAUUCUAACCAUCGAACGUGUUCAGCGUCGUGCCACCAAGUUCAUCCUAUCUCUGCCAUACCAAACAGAUAUCUCGUAUAAGGAGAGAUUGCAGAUCCUCGGUAUCAUCCGUCUAUGUUACUGGCACGAAUAUUUAGACAUCAUUUAUAUCUUUAAAAGUCUAAUAAAUGACUCUGACAGUAUCAUCUGAUUCUCGGUCGAAGUCUCAACACGAGAAACAAGAAGUGCAAGUAAUAGAACUUUCCUAAAUAUGGGAAAGUGCAACUAUACCAGAACAUGCAGUUAUUAUAUAUAAGAGCCGCGAGCGUAUGGAACACUCUUCCUAGUUAUAUUAGAGACACAACUAAGUCUACAGCACCAUUCAAAACAUUACUACGCAAGCACUAUAAAGAUCUAACGGACAGUGUUUUCAACCCCGAUGACCCGAGAACUCUUAAGUCGGUUUGUGUGAAAUGUAACACAAGUCGUCCUUUAUGGAACUUAUUAUCUAGAUCAUGUUGUUAGGUUAACCGAACCUUGUAUAGUGGCCCCUUUCCCUUAUUGUGUGUGCCGAAUGCAAUUACCAUAAUGCUUAUGAAUAUAACUUUUUCUUACGAUUCAACUCCACGUCCGAGUAUAGCAUUCUGGUGGUUGUGGACAGUGUGCAUGCGUGAUAGGGAAGGCAGUCAUUAAAAUUUUAAUAUAGCUUUCUCGAUAGAUAAACGAUCUUAACAAUUUCAAAUUACUCAAUAUUUCAUUCACGAGUCCAGAAUUUCAAUGAGGAUCUCACUAGCGAAAACGGUAUCAACAUGUCGUUUGUCUUUAUCGUUGUUUGUUUCAAUUUGUAGCCUGUUAAUUUGGUUAUCUCUUUAUUAGUAUGUCUGUCACGUCAUAGUGUAAGUUAUUAUGCUUAUGUAUGUUGCGGAACCCCGUUAUUGGAGAUUUUAUCUCUGUGUGGUCAUUCCAGCCAUUGUGUGUAAUUUAUAGUUAGUUUACAUCUUUAAUAAUGGCAAACUUAUAAAAUAAAAUAUAACUAGUACAGUAGUGAUUGAUCUAACAAGGCCCCUGCAGUGGAAGCAUUCAGUACAGAAGGGAUGCUAUCGCAAAACGGUGACUUAUUCCAAGGUGCAUGGGUAUUAUGGAAACCAUUUAUGAGAGAGUGGGCAUUAGUUGAUCAUUUAUGGUACAUGUAUGAAUAUUUAAUGUAUACCAUGUUUUAAUUAAUACAGGUUAAUCAAGUUCAAGAGUUAUCUUUGAAAGUGAAACAUUUUCUCCCACCAGUGGUAAGAAUUAUACUAACCACUAACUAAUGUCUAAUGCGUUUUCACAAUUGAUUAUAUCUUGCCAGUUGUGUACAUCUCGACACUAACAUAUUGUAUACAGGUUUCAUCGCCAGAAAUUUUUGUUUUGUUUGGAAAUCAUGACAGUUUGUCUCACACUUUGGAUUUUUCUGUCAACACUGCUUCAGACCUUCAAGACUAUGGAAGUACUGGUAUGUAGUUGCCUGAUGUACCUGAUUGCACUGAACGUAUUCCCCAAUAUUAUAUACCUUAGAUUCCACUAUAUUAAAUUAAUUAAAGUGUACAAAAUAAUUAGACUUAUAACACUCUUUGGUUAAAGUUUUUUUUCAUAUAUUCAUCGCAUUAAAAAUAUAAGUCAGACUGUUUAACUUCAAAAAUUUGCUAAGUAGAAUUGGAAACAGAUAAGUGUUGCGAGGUUGUCUGGCUUAUAUUUGUAUGUUUUUAGUACGCAAAACAAUGUCAGUUGACUUGUACUGCAGUCUGCAAAGAUUUCAGUUUGGUUAAGCCAACCGACCAUGCAUAGAUAUGUUAUAUACACUAGAUAGCGCAUCUCUUUUAGUAAAAUUGAAGCCAAGAAUAUUCCAGCGGUUACCCCCAUUUGAAUAGAUGGCGGCCUGGUUGGAGUUUCCCACUCGCUAAUAAACGCUUAAAAAACAACAAUGACUUUCAUCAUUUGAAUAAUUUGAAAAUGUAUUUGGAAUAGGUUUAACUUAAUGUUUAAGUUCCCUGUUUAAGAAAUAGAAAACAUACGAGUCUUCUCAUUUCAUGGGAAUAUCCUGAGUCUGCAAUCACGGCUACAAUUUUUGAAUUGCAGAAUAAUUAGAUGCACUAUCUAGUGUAUAUAUUAAAGAUAUCUAUGCAACCAACACCUCGCUGUAGGCGGUAGGUCACAAGAAUGCCGGACCCUUUAAGAGAGACGCGAAAUUUCGUUAACUUGGGUCUAAAUGACCCGAGCUAACUGAAUUUCAUUGAAUUGCCGAAUUUAUUUUCCUCUGGCUAGCACCCAUAAUAUCUAUCUGUGAAAUAUAUCUAGCUAAGCUAGGAUGGACAUAUAUAUUCCACAGAGGAAUAUAAAAAAUAUAUAUAUGCGAGAUCUAGCUCAAUCUUAUUUUAAAAUACCACUUUUUAAAUGCACAUUCAAUUUUGUAUGACGAUAUUAAUAAUACCCUCUUAAAUUUGCCUCUUUAUAUCAGUACGAGGAUACCUUAUGUAUACGAGGGAAACGGAUGGAAAUUCAAAGUGUUCGUCACCAGAGAGAGUCAAGACUGAACAUUUUGAUACCGACGCCGUUCAACGCCGUGUUCAUUUCGAACAGAAUGGCGACAGUUCAAAGGAAAAUAAUGUAGAUCACGGCUCAAAGAGAACUGUUCACGAAGAUACUGUUCGAAAAAAUGAAGAAACAUAUUUAACAGAAUUACCACAAGCCACAGAGUCGAACUCACCUGAGGAAAAACAGCAAACACAACGUUUGUCAAACAGUAGACAAGACAAUCAGAAAUCACACAAGGAAGAUCGACGGCCGAUAUCUGAGUUGCCAAAGGACCAGAAUUUGCAAGGCAACCAAGUAUGUUCAGAUGACGUGAAUGGUGUUACUUCUCGUGUACCCUCGAGCGACAACAGAAGUGAAAGUCAUGAUACUAAGCAAAUGUCAUCAAAUUUUGAAGAUCAACAUUCAAAAAGUCCACGGUAAGAACUCGAGCCAAAAUACUUUUCUUCCUUGCAGUAAUUUUCUUGUUCAUUAAUAUCAUUGUGACACAACUACCAAACUAAUGAAACUUCUAUCUUUCUCUCGACCGGGACACUCACUCGGCCUUUAAUCUAUAUUUAUAUAUGAAUUAUCGCUAUAUGCAUUAAGUACAGUAAUUACGGUUGCAAUUCUGCACUGGCCAUAGAGUUCUAUUCGGAAGUUUAAAUAACUCAAUCUUUCUUAACGUUGUGUUGACCGUCAAUAAGCUUGCGAAUGAAUCGAAUUGAUAAUCAUUGUUGCGUAAUGUUGAUUUUAGAAACAAAAUCCACAGAAAGAAUCCUCUUCUACAUUCCAAAACAGCCCCUUCUUUGCUUCAAACUUCCUGGAAUGAGACCAUUGACAGGAAAAGUGAAGAGAAUGGACAGAACGAGCGAAGUAAUCAAAUAAGAAGAGGGAAUGAUGAACAUGCUGGAAGUUUAAACAAUAAAGAAGGGAACGAAAAUGUUAUAUCAAAUGAAUAUCCUGAUCAUGUACAACUAGGAAGCAAAAACGAAAGUGAAGUGACAGAAAAAGCGAGUGAGGAUCAUGAGCAUCGUGGCAUAGAACAUCAUGGAAUGGAACAUCAUGGCAUGGAACGUCAUGGCAUGGAACGUCAUGGAAUGGAACACGAUGGCAUGGAACGUCAUGGAAUGGAACAUCAUGGAAUGGAACAUGAUGGCAUGGAACGUCAUGGAAUGGAACAUCAUGGAAUGGAACAUCAUGGAAUGGAACAUCAUGGCAUGGAACGUCAUGGAAUGGAACAUCAUGGCAUGGAAGACAAUGGCAACAAAAACAAUUUUCAAAUUGAAAAGAAAUUAGCCGGAGAAAAUGGUGAUGCUUGCAAUCAGACACAAGUUGCAGAUUCAACGCAGGAAAAUAUCAAACAUAGUGCAGAUCAUUCAGUAGCGUCUAGUGGAUUUGAAUCGUUAAAUCAAUCAAAUAAUGACAGACACGAUAUUGAGCGCACCGGGAGGAAUUUUGGAGUGACAAUUGCUGAGAAGGAAAAUCUAGGUAUAUGUAUAUCAAUAUACUAUUACUGUGUGUGGUAUAUUUCUUGAAUAGUAAAUAACAGAUGAAUAAAACUAUUUUCGACCGCAAUGUCUUACAACCAACUUCUGUUAUACUUAACAGCGAGUUGAAAAGUCUCUUCCAUACAGUUCUAAUAAAAUGAGUGAUAAUUUGUUGAGUAGGAUUCUUUGUUCACAUUAACAAUAUUAUAAUGGAAUUAAUUGCUGAUACUGUACUCUUUAAAUAUAGCGCACAAAACGAAACUCGUGAUUUAUAUAUUAAUAAUUUUGUAAAAUAAUAAUUCAUGCAAAAAAAUUCAAAAGAAAUCAAUGUUGAGGUGUUGAAUACACAUUAUACAAAUUUCUACUGAUUUGCAUUAUCUUUUUCCUCGAUUUUCUUUAGUUAAAAUUACUUCUUUUUGAAAAAAUGUUUCAAAAUGCAACUGCUUAACUUGUGUUUCACAAGCUAUCUACAGCAUUCGCGUCCGUGCAUGUGUUGAAUAAAACACAUACAACCUUCGUUUGUAAGCAGAAAACACAAAACAAGCUACAAAUUAAACUAAGAAAAACCCUUUCUGAAGUUGUAAAACUGUUUUACUAAAUUAAAAUUUACAAUCUUGCUUUUUCAUAUAUAUACGCGUUAAUAAAAUAAUUAUUAAACUUCGGUUUUCGCGUGAUAUCAAAAAUUAUCAAGGCCUCGGUUUGUUUUAUCAGAUAACACAACCUCGGCCUUGAUAAUUCUCGAUAUUGCACUCUCGACCUCAUCCAUCCAAUAAUUAUUAAAUAUUGGAAUUUUAUAUUUUAGUGCUACAGUUGCAAGCUGAACUUAACGCUGUUAGAAGUGAAAGGUACAGUAUAAAGAAAAUUCAAAAACAUUAAUAAUUCAUGAGGAAAACACAAAGAAAAAUCAUAAGCGUGUCGUAUCUUUAUAUGUGAUAGAGAUUUCCCUUGAUUUACAUAAACUUUAACUUUGAUUUUCUCGACUUACACAAUGUAUGAACUUACUAGAUCGAUCGUUUUUGAAGCAAUUAGCCAUUCCGAAGUUGAUGAGUGGACUGGGGACGAGUGUUAAAAAGUGCCCAAAUUAAGAAAUGAACUAAAUCACUAAAAGGUCCUAAAAAGACCACCUCAAAAUUAGUAAGUAUACAAAGUUUGAAGAUGUUUACAUGAAUACCCUUCGAAUAAUAAGCUUUCGAAAAUUAUGAAAUUACUGAUUAAAAGAUUGUUUUUGGGACGCGCGUUGUCCCAAAAACAAAAAUUGCAAUACAUUUCAUAGUAAAUAUCGGAUUUUCGAAAGCUUAUUAUUCGAAGGAUAUUCAUGUAAACGUCGUCAAACUUUGUAUACUUACUAAUUUUGAGGUGGUCUUUUUAGUGAUUUGGUUCAUUUCUUAAUUUGGCCACUUUUUAACACUCGUCCCCAGUCCACUCAUCAACUUCGGAAUGGCUAAUUUAAAACGUUCGCAGUGCGUGUUUUAUCAGACCUAAAGUCCUAAAGAUACUCGGAUACUCAUGCUGCUCAUAUUUUAAACAGUACUUAAAAUAUUCUUAACAUAUACUCAUGUCCAAUUUUUUGUUAAUUUACCUGCAGCCGAUGUACAUCUCCGAUGUAUUUCAUUGAUUUUGUUUUAACGUUUUGCUGUCUGCAUAUAUUUGUCUAUGUGCCUUUUUGUAUUAGCGUGUUUCUAUUGUAUUCUACAUUCAAUUCUUUCCUACUGUUUACUUUGAAUAAGGGACCGGUCAUUAUUUAUGGCGGGGGGUGGCACCGAAGAGAAAUGUUUUGCGUGGUAAAUAUUUUGCUGAUGCAACCAUUAAAAAGUCAAAAACAUUUUUACCCAACCUCAAAUAUCAAUUAAAAAAUAAAUACCCACCCCUGGCCGAAAACUUUACAAAAUCAUACCAGUGAAUUUGCGAUUUUCUGCAGUCUAAAGUUUCAUGUUGUCUGCACAAGUACUUUCUUUGGAGACAAUGGUCAAGAAUACAAGAUAGUAACUCUGACUAAUUUACAUAUUGCAGUGAGAUAUGACUGUUCACAUUGCUUUCAGUUAGUCUUCAAUAUUUGCGUGAGUCAUGCUUUGGAAAUGACAAUAAAUUUUUAUUACCCAACCCUUGAGUUGUUUUGGUUUUCAAUUACCCAACCUUUUACUCACUCAAAAUUUUGUUUACCCAACCCUUUUUCUCUUCGCCCCCCCCAUAAAUAAUGACCCCUCCCUAAAGUAAAAGAAGAUCGUAUAAACGUGAUUGUAAACUUGUACCAUUGUACAUGUUUGGGUCCUGAAUUUCAAGGCGUUGAACAAUAUUGAGGAAGUUGAUUCACGAUUUCACGGUUGUAACUCUUUCAAAAAUACAGAAAAAAGCUACAAAACAAAGGCCCUGCCUACCUAAAAAGCUGACUAUAGAGCGUUUGUACUCAUUCCCCAGGGACCAACUCAACAAAAGCCAUGGCAGCCAUGUUGGUGUUCAAAAGAGUCGAAUACUCGAAUUGAAAUUAUUUUGAAUUGGAACACCAACAUGGCGGCUGUGACGUCAUGUGCAAACGCUCUAUUAUAGAUACGCCAAGACGUGCAUUGUAUGAUUAUUGUGCAAACGCACACUUGUUUCCCACCAUGAAACAUGUGGCAUAAUCAUAAUGGCACAACAUAUUGUCAAUUACAUCUGCAUAUCGAGACAAGCGCUUCUUGGGACUAGAAUGUGCAGUUUUUAGUGGCGUGAUUGUGAUGUUAUUUUUCCAUGUUACCAGAUCAAAUAGUGAGAAAACCAGAGAGCAAUUACUAAAGAAAGCCAAAAACCUCCAGAACCAAAAUAACCAAAAACGAAAUCAAGGUGUGUAAUUAUUUUGUGCUUUAGACAUUCUGAGAAACCGUCGGUCACUUCUUACUAACUCUCAGAAAGCAAGCACUUCUGGAAAAUAUCAAACUGAACAGUACUGUACGUACCCAUAGGGAACGAUGUCCGUACAUAGAAUGAUAGAAUGCCAUAACUAGUCCGAUAUUCCCCUAAGAAUCCUUAUACCUUAUUAUAGGAAAUUAACGAUGCACUUUAUUAACGCGGAUUUUAAAAAUUCGCGUUAAUUAAUGUUAAUUUAUGUGAUCGUUAAUUUUAAGUAUGUAAUUUUCAUUUACCAUUAGUUAAAAAUACCAAGAUUUGUUUUAUAUAACACUAACUCUUUUAAUAUCACAAAAUACCGCAUAUUAACGUAAACUAAAAACAUCAGUGCUCCUCUUAACAUUAAACCUUUGUUGUUGUUGUGUCUAUAUUUUCCGAUUCGUGUUAAUUUAAUUAAUUUGUCAACCAUGGAGAUCAGAUUCGCGUUAAUAUAAUCAUGCUUUAAAAGACCUAGAAGCAAUCCGCGUUAAUUUGAUGUCGCGUUAAUUUAUGUCGCGUUAUUAAAGUGCAUCGUUAAUUUCCUAUAAUAAGGUAUAUCGGCUUAUGUAUUACCACUACCUUGCAGCCCAAUCCACAUUUUUUGAAAACUUGCAUGCAUGUAUGUGUAUUUAAACGCCACUGCUAUAUAAUAACGAAAGCAUACAAUCAUGCAGCGAAGGGGAGGCUAAAAGUCUAGCUUCCUCCGUUCACACAAAAACGUCAUAGGCUAUAUGCCUAUAUAUACGUGGAAUCGUGGAUGUAUUAAAAAUUGUACAUAUGUUUGAUUGUGCAUGUGUUUGUAUUUAGCUAAAACAGUGUGGAAGAAAAGAUAUUUUGAAGAGAAAAAGAAGACGGUGUCACUUGAAGAACGUUGUAAUCAAUUGCGAUAUGAAGUGGAAAUUAUUCAUAAGAAAAUUCUUUCGUCUGGUGAUGCCAAAGGUACAGAUCAUUGUGUGCAUGAAUGUACAGUAGUGCAAUGAAAUUAAUUGAUGUAUGACAUACGUUCAUAAUACCUGAUUUAGCAAGAGAAAAACACUGAUUUGCAUAUAAAACUGGACUGAGUAUCUGAAAUUAAGUGUUAAAAAUCCAGCCGAAAUUCAGCCAUAACUAAAAAAUCAAAUGAUAAACACUGUAGAGCAUUAAACGCCUCUGCCACACUGAUAUCCCAGAGCCUCUCUCCUCCGCAGAGGCUUCCUUCGCCCAGCGGCUACGCUCGUGUUCCAAGAUCCGCCAUGUAAAGUGUAGUGAAAUGUAUCUCAUCGUAAUAUUAAAUCCUAAGAAAACUAAAGCCUCUGCGGAGGAGAGAGUCCCAGAGCAGUUAUGUUUUGAGAGAUCCCCAUUGCCAAGGGGAAUUAUUUUGUAAGGAAGUUGACAUACUAUGCACAAAAAAAGAAAAUAAUCAUUACUGAGGAAAUUGACAGCACAUAUGCAAGUGUGAAUUCUGUUUCCCAUUCGCAGACAAAUAUGCCGAUUUCGUCACUGCGCAAUGUUGGCCAACGACAGAGCAGGACGCUUCGCCGUCGCUGGCACAACGACGUUAACCUUGAAAUUUUAUAGCUUGGUCUUGUGAGGAAAGGCAAGCGACUGCUAAAAGUCUUUCAAGACGGUUUUAGUCGUUGUAGUUAGCCUCAGGCCUUAAAAUAUCGGUCGGUCACGGACAUUGUCCGACCCGUUCGUGAAAUUGUCCGACGUAGAAAAGAAACCACCGGACAUUCUGUCCGACCUAAGUGAAACUGAGGUUUAUUGUUUGUCCGACCCGAGUGUAUUGGUGUCCGACCGAACUGUAGCUUUGUCCGACGUAAAUCAAAAUGUACCCUAGCCCAGGAGGCCCGGACUAGAGGCAGACUUGUAUGUUAAAUGGAAAAUCAGAGUACUAUUGUAUAAAAGGUCAACUGGAAAUGUUGUUUUAACUCGAGCGCGGGGCGGCGAGCGAAAUGGUGAAGUGGAAAACGGGCUUAAGUUGUCGAAGUUUUUUUGAUACUGCUGUUCUGGCAAGUAUGUAUGAAAGAAACAAAUUAUUUAAUAUCUUUACAACAUUUACCGUUUAUUCAUUUGUGUCAUUCAGACUUAUUUCCAAGUCAAAAAUGAACUGAAGGUCAUCGGACAUAUGUCCGACCAAAACUCAACGUCACCGGACAUUUUGUCAGACGGCCCUGGAAAAGAUAUUUUAAGGCCUGUAGCCUAGAUUAGAAUUUGGGCGUAUAGAUUUUGCAUUGUUGGAGUGCAGCUAUAUAUUGACAAUGAUAAUGAUCAAACCAACAAUACUCGCUCGCUUCACGAUGCUAAACAAAACUCUAAUCUUCAGUCAGGAAAUCUUGACGUUGCUGCUAACACAUGAUGGUUUUCGUGUUCCGGUAUUUGAGCGAGAAACAAGGAUGUUUCUCGCUCGACGAUCGCACAGCAACUUAUAUGUGUGCUAAUUGGAUACUUACUAAAAUACGUGGGGAUACCGCUGAGAAUAGGGGCAUGCUCCCUGCACAUUCAACUGCUUAAAUUUGACAUUGCGAAACAAUACUGUCUUACUAAGGAGUCAAUUUGACUUGCAUUUGUCAGACUACCCCAGUUUCAGAGGCUCUUUGCGAGGCGAAAGAAACGAGAGGCGAGAAGGAAGAGCCUCUGGUCACAUCGGUUGCAAAUCCCACUUCCACACUUGAUUAGGUUCAGAAUUUGAAUCUCGCAUGUGAUUGGCCAUUUGUAAAAAUAUGUCAAACCGGUUUGGGAAAUAAACAUUUUGUAAGCUAAUGAUAGCUAUUAUAGCUAUAUAAUUAGCUUACAGUAAUGUUUAUUUCCCAAACUGCAUAUACAAAAUAUAAUAGUUGGGUCUUUGUUUGUUUGUUUGGGUUGUCUAUAUCUAUUCAUGAUUUACAUUUGCUUUUCUUGUACAGUACUGGGCUGUGGACUGUGUCAACCAUAUUGUACUAAAUUUUGUGUACAUGUAUUUUUAUAGACCGUGAUUCAGCAUCAGCAUGUUUACAUAAAGAUGGAGAUCCCAAAAAGGUAAACAUAAAUAAAGUAUAUAAUGAACAUGAAAGCGUGUUAUUACAAAGUUAAAUUAGUGCAGUUGUCUGAAGGCAUGUUAAAGAUGUCAGACGAGUGCAAUUUGUUUUUCAACCUAUAGUGGUUGACAAAACCCUUCGGGCAGUAUAGGGCAUCUGGCACCCUCUUAACUCCCGCGCCCACAAAGUUUUGUUGUGGUCUUGUAUCAUAAAUAGACAAGACAGAGCAAUACGUUCUCAACAUUGCAUGUUUAGGGGGAGGGAGUAUAUUUGCAUGGUUAUUUAUGAAUCUUAAUUUUGACAACGUUUUUCAAAUUGCCCGAACAUUUUUUGUCAGUGAUUGUACAAUGCGAUUAUUUUUUCGUUUUGAGUUUCUACUGAUUGCUGGCUAGCUUGUUUUGUAAUUAACUGAUUUUUUUUUAAAAAUGCACAGCAAGUUUCAGUGGGGAUGUUAGCAACGCAAUUUCAUAUUGAGAUACCAGGUGCAAACAUAGAUAUCUUAUAUACACUAGACCUAUUCCAAAUACAUUUUUAAACUAUUCAAAUGAUGAAAGUUAUUGUUGUUUUUUAAGCGUUUAUUAGCGAGUGGGAAGUACCAACAUGGCCGCCAUCUAUUUAAAUGGGGUAACCGCUGGAAUAUUCUUGGCUUCGAUUUUACUAAAAGAGAUGCGCUAUCUAGUGUAUAUAAGAUAUCUAUGGGUAAUGGGUGCAAACUAUAAGGACGUUAUACAUAAUGGUGGUUGACGUUAUGCAUUAUGCGUUGCUAGGAUAUUGCGUCAGAGCAACCAGCAGAAAUUGCCUGACAUGGACUUAACAUUUAUGUCGCAGAAGCUAAAAAUUAAAUGUAUCUAGCAGGGACUUUAUUUCGAACUGAUUUGUUUAGUAUGGUUUAGGAAGUAGUAUAUCAAAUCCAACUAUGUAUGAGCUACAAUAGGACUUUACCAGAUAAUUAUAUCUCAUAUGAAUAUAAAUCAUUUAAAUUUUAAAAUAAAGUGAAUUAAUGUUUUUCAGUCCAAAGACUGAAUUAAUUUUGAUCCAGUCUAGUACUGAAUCAAUAUACUUCACCAGGUGUCCAGUAUUAUCAUGUGAGCAAAGUAAAGUAAUAAGAAGGUUGGCUAAUUUACUCUUGAAUUAUUGAGUACCAAUGAGUACCUACAAUCAUGGCAAAACACAUGUUAGUGGGGACUUGUCCCCCUCUCCCCCCUACAACGUUGGUUUGGCAUUCGUUUUACAACAACUUCGUACCCAGAGUUACCCAGAGCCAUUUUACCUCCAUUGUACCGUGGAGGUAAAAUGGCCCUGGGUACGAGGUUGAUUUUACAAAGCUUUCACCUAACCAAUUUAUAAGCUUUCAACAUUGAACCGGGGGGGGGGGGGGAAUUGUUAAAAAUUGCUGCUUCUGUACAUAUGUAUAGGGCAAGGCAGUUAUUUCUAUUUCCGCACACGUUAUUCACAAUGUUUGUCGGGAUUCUAGCUGUUGUUCUUUACUCUUAGUUAAAUGCUAAGAUCAUGUUAACACGGAAGGAAAAUGAAGUGGAUGAACUCAGACGUCGAGUGGAAGAGGCAAAAAUAAAACUGGGCUCGGAAAUGAAGGUUUGUUGAUAAUGCAUGGUUAUUAUCUAAUUAAAACGGAAAGAAAGGAAAGGAAUAUUGUCGAAGUAAGACCACAUUUUAUGGCUCGACUAUAUAUAAGAGAUAUUGCUCGACUUUAUAUAAGAGAUAAAAUUUCGAAUUGUCCAUGCAUAUAUAGUAUUAUGGUUCCCAAUACAUCCAUUGCUGUUGACUAUUUUGGCCGCUCCCCACGUGUAAUGCGACAUAACAUUUUAAGCAUUGUUGAUACUAAUUAAACUAAAAUAAAAGAUAUACGUGUAUAUCUAGAUGUAAGAUAUACAUUUAAAAUCCCUCUCCAUGUAUAUGCUCGGAAGAUAGAUAGUGCUUUUUGCGUAAUUUGGUUGCUCAGCUCCAGAUAUCCUUGCAUGCACUAUUCAUCUCCGGACCAAAACAAAAUGUCUUCCGUUUUGUCGCGGUGACAGACGAGCAAAUAUUUGUAUUAAACGAAGCAGCGGUUCCACCAAACACGAAGAAAGCCACAAAGUUUUGUUUCACGUUGUGUAGAGGUAUUCUCUUAAAUAUUUCUCAUGAUAACUAAAUAGCUUGUAAAUACUGUUUGUUAAUUUUCAACGCGGUUGCGGGAACUAUAAUACAAACUGUUUAUUUUCGUUGUUUUUUGCCAUUUUUGUUUUGUUUUGGUAUAUUAAAUAUACUAUGUCGGUGAACAGUGCAAGGAUGUUCAUCUCGACACUUCGUGUCUUAGUGAAUAUCCUUGCCGUAUAAACCUCCACUUCGGUUAAUAAUUGUUAAUAUUAUUUUGCAGCUUCGUGAUAACGCCCAGAAAGAAUUAAAACACAUUCGUGACGAAGUUAUUGAUAAAAAAAUCAACGCCACCCUUGUAAAGAAAAGUUUAUCUUUGUUAGAAACUCGUAGUCCUAAUGAUGUGUAACUGUUUUGAAACUAACUACUAAAGACUAAAGUGUGUAUAUUGCCGUUAAGGUUAUUUAUAUGUACCUUUUUGUACUGUACAUAUUACUACUACAUGUACAUAUACAAUUAUAGCCAAAUCAACUGCAUGUAAAUUAAAGUUUUACUUGUUGUUAGUGUUUAUUAUACAUUAUUGUACGUUGUAAUUGGUAAAGGCCGAUUUACACUGCACAAGUUUCGCCAGAGGGGGACGGGGGGGGGGGGGUGUUAAGCCCCAUACUUUUCAGUGAACCAGUCGGUAAAUUAGUCGGUAAUCGUUCCAUGUUUCGCGCACCAAUAUAAUAAACGUUAUGUAAUGGAUAUUAUAGUGUACUGAAAAGUUCACUAGAUACCUCCAUACAAAUAUAACACACCCUAACCCCAACCUUAAACCUAACCCUAACCUAACCCCUAACCUUAAUACUUUUAAAACCCUAACCCUAACCUAUAUUGGUGCGCGAAACAUGAAAUGAUAACCAAUUAGUCAAUUGAUAGAACGCUCGGUAAACUGUAAUCUAUAGUGUCUAUGGUCCGUAAAGUUUUGGAAAAGAAAUAAUUGAUAGACCAGCUCAAAUUUUAAAAAACGUUGAAGAAUCUUUUACCGAUGGUGCCG